AUGACCAGUACGGGCACACAGAUCUUGGAUGCCAGGGCAUGUCGGGCCUGUGCAGCGGCCAAGCGGAGAUGCGGCAAACAGAGACCGCUCUGCCUGCGAUGCAGGAGAAAGGGCAUCGACUGCACGUAUCCUCCUCCCAAGCCGAGCAGCUUCGUGCUUUGCGGGGCGGCGGACGACACAAUGUCUGCCGGGGCCGCGAUGCUGGCGUUCAACCCUACACCUUCAACGCCAUCCCCAUGCUCUCCAAGGGCAACGACCGAUGACGGCAGUUUGACUCUCGGGCUAGAGGUCUCUGGAGUCGACAUGGGCUCGGGCAUGGGCCUGGGCCUGGGGAUCUUUGGUGCGCAGCCAGCCACCUUGUGGUUUGCCGGCGCCGAAACCUGGGAGGUCGACCAUGGCCCACUGCCGGGACGGACGAGUUUCUCUUUCGAAGAUCUCAAGGGCGUCAUGGCCACGGUCCAUCGGUGGCUGGCACAGUUCGUGAAGGAAAGCAGCAACCCUUUCAUCCACCCUCAACUCUAUCGCUAUCGGUUUCCACGCUCCAUCCAGGAUGCCUACGCGGCCCUGUCGUGCCAUCUGAACAAGACGGCGUCGAACGAGCAGGCCAUUGCUCAAAUCAUCGAGGAUCGAGUCAGGGAGCUGGUCGAGCAUGGCAGGGCCACUGCCGCCGCCGGCACGAGGUCGGCCACUCUGGACUGUCUCGACCAUCUGGCGCGGGUUCAGGCCUUGCUUAUCUAUCAGCUCAUCGGUCUCUACGACUGCAAUAUUCGACUGCGCCAUCUUGCAGAGAGCCACAUUCCCGUGCUGAACAGCUGGAUGCACCAGAUGGUCGACCAUGCCCGAUGCGCCCUGUCCUUGGACUGCGCCGCCAUCCUGUCCUGCGCCGAAGAUGACGCCAAUACCGAAGCGAGUGCCGGCCUGAGCUUCUCCGACUUGGACAUUCCCGGAAUGCAUUCCGAUAACCUUCUCUGGUACUCUUGGAUCCUGGCCGAGAGCAUUCGGCGCACUUGGCUGGUUGCCUCGGGUGUGCAAGGCCUAUAUGUGACUCUUCAACAUCGUCGCGCUCGUUGCAUGGGCGCCAUGAUGUUUACGAGCCGGCCGGGCUUUUGGGAGGCCCGCUCAGCUGUGCACUGGAUGAAACAAUGUUCCGAGGUGUAUGGAGGCUUGAUCCGUCUGACAGAAGCUGACAGGUUGUUCGCAGAGGCCGGCCCGGAUGAAGUAAAUGACUUUACAAUGCUUGUUCUGCAGCUGAGCUUCGGCCCGGAGCGGCUGGAGAGAUGGGGUGUCGAGAAUGAAGAGUGA